UCCAUUGCGGCCGCUGUCGGCCAUGCGGACUGCAUUGCCUCAGCCUUUGCACGGCCGCUUCGGCCCGGAUGGAUCGGCCCAGCACGUAGAAGGGGCCCUCGCGUUCGCCACGACUGCCUACCACGGGCUCGGCCUGUCGACGCGGCCCGACCGCUCCGCGCAGAAGGCGCGCGCCCUGGCGCAAGCUGGUUUCAGCGAGGAGACCUGCCGCAAGUUCUCGGACGACAUCGAGCCCGACGUCGCGCCCGCAUCGAGCGGCGCCUCCACGGAGGACCACCAGAAGUGGAGGGACUGGCGCGCGAUGGCUGUUUCGAGGGGCGCGCGGGCCCUCCACCGCGCUACCAAGUUCCGCGGCGUAGCGCAGCCUUCGGCGGUCGGCACCGCUCGCGAGCCGUCUGCCCACGUUCACGACGCAGUGCGGCACGAAGUUGAGAUGUCGAAGAAGUUGCGGCCCAGCCGCUCAUCUGUCGAUUGCGCGCGGGCCCAGGCAGCCGCAGGCGAGGCGAACCAUCGGCGGGCGCCCCACGGCGCGUUGGCCGCGGCUGACAUCAGCAAGUACUACGAACGGAUUCUUCUGGACAAGCUACGGGGCAAGUUCCUCAGUUUCCAGACGCCGACGCCCCUCCUCAAGUCCGUGCACAACAUGUGGCGUGCAGCACGGGUCUUGCGUCUCAGCGGUCACAAUGCGGGCGAGACGCUUCGCGCAGCUCGCGGUCUCCCUGCGGGGGGCGUUUUCUGCGAGGUGGCGGUAAACAUUUGGUAUGUUCGUGAGUGCGGCAGUUUUCUGGUCAGGCGACCGCGCAUGCAAAACGUCAGCUACGUCACUGACAAAUCCACCCGCGCGGCACCCACUUCGGCUAACACCACCUCCUCCACGGCGGCGGCGGCCACGGUGGACUUCAGACGCCGCGAGAAGAAGGACGCGCUCAGCAAGCGGGCGAAGCGUCGUCAGCAGAUGGCGAAGCGCACGCGGAAGCUCCGGCGCUUCGGCAAGGUUAUCACUGGCCACGAGGCCAAGCCCAUCGGCGCAGUCAUCCGCGCCGGCGCCAUGGCCGAAGCCACCUACGGAAGCGAUGUCUUCGGCCUCAGCAACGCGGAGUGGCCCCAGCGCCGUCGGGGCGUGGCGCGGGGCCAGCUCCCUGCGCAUGGCGGCGCGAGCCUCAACAGCAAAACCGCGCUGCUUGGCGUUGGGGCAGGGGCGUCGGCCAUUGCGCCUGCGAUCCAGUGGUGCAAGAUGCCGCGACAGGCCGAGGGGCGCGACUACCCGCCGGCCACUGGCGCGCGGCUGUCUCGGCCCCGGCGUGGCGCCAUGCCCUGUGGGGCCAAGGACUGGCCUUCCAAUCGCGGGCAGCUUGCUCGCGCUGCCCCUGCCGCGCGCCGCGCUGGGUGGAGCGCGCUCUCCGCGACAAAAAUGAAUGAGCCACAGGGGUUCCACCAUUGA